GACUUGAAAUGUGUUCUAGGUCGUGACCUCGGGCGACUUUUGGACAAUGGGGAUCAUGCGGAUUUUUCGUUGAUAGUUGGUCGACGAACAUUCAGAUGUCAUAAAGCGAUCUUAUCGGCGCGUUCUCCGUUCUUUCAAGCAAUGUUCCGAAAUCAGACCAAUCAAGAGAAUGUCGCUGGAGAGGUAGCUCUAGAAUAUGUCACUCCAGAAGCAGUAUCCGCCAUUCUCGAAUAUAUCUACAAAGAUUACUGCUCUGAACUGGCCAACCAACCAGCCGAUAUUAUGGCUGCAGCUGAUAGGUUUUGUUUGGAUCGUUUGAAACUGCAAUGUCAAGAAGUGCUGGCGCGAGAUAUGACUGCAGGGAAUGUCUGUGAACGUCUUCGUCUUGCGGAUCUCUAUGAUGCACCUAAACUAAGAAGAAAAGCACUUUGUGUAAUUCAGCGAAAUCGUCAAACGGUGCUCGAAAGUAGGGUCAGUUUAUCGACUGCCCUGUUGUCCAAUUGCGAUUUUGCUUGUAAAACUGCACUGUUGCAACUCGAAUGCGGAUUGUUCACGAAACAAGAAUGCAGUAAAUUCAUUGAAGGAAAAUUGAAUGCGAAAAGAAAAAAUUCAGAUAAACAUUCAGUCGAAGUUUUGCUAGAAUGGAAUGAACUAGAAGCUGAAUGUCCUUCAUUGGCCGCAUCUGUUCUGAAACAGUUGAUGACACUGCCCGAGUCACGUCACCUUUCGAACAGUAUGCAUGAUGUCGCAACUCCUGCCAAACGUGCUCGUCUGUGUUGA